AGCCUCUCCCCUCCCCGUCUCCCUUAGAGGCUUCUUUUCUCUCCUCGUAACCUUUCCUGGCUAUGGGCGGAGUCAGGAGUAGUCUCGUGCCCGGCUCCCCCCGCCCUCCCGAAACUCAGGUAUAAAAGGGGCGAAGGGCAGCUGUGGCUGAGGUGUUGAGACGGUAACAGGUUGAGUCGUGAUGGGGGUUUUAGCUUUAUGGCGGCCGCUGUUAUUUUGCCUUGGUGUGGCGGGUGCUGUCAGUUCCUCUCAGGGCUUCUUCGGUCGACCUCGCCUCCGCGAGGCGUCCCGUCCCGACUCCGGCAGUGUCUUUGCCCCCCGCUCUUAUUUCACCUGCUACAUCACCCAGAAGAUAGACCACUUUGGUUUUUCUGAAGAUCGCACAUUCAAGCAACGCUACCUCAUUUCAGACCAGCACUGGCGGAGAAAUGUCGGGUCAAUGCUCUUUUAUACUGGCAAUGAAGGAGAUAUUGCCUGGUUUGCUGAUAAUACGGGUCUUAUGUGGAACAUAGCUGAAGAGCUUGAUGCCAUAUUGGUAUUUGCUGAACACCGGUACUAUGGAGAGUCCCUACCUUUUGGAAACAAAUCAUUCACUGAUGCCAAACAUCUGAAUUACCUAACUUCAGAGCAAGCUCUGGCUGACUUUGCAGUGCUCAUUCAACACCUGAAGAAUACUAUCCCUGGGACCCAAAACACUCCUGUCAUUGCCAUUGGGGGAUCUUAUGGAGGGAUGCUUGCUGCAUGGUUUCGAAUGAAAUAUCCCCAUAUAGUAAUUGGAGCUCUUGCGGCCUCAGCUCCCAUCUGGCAGUUUGACAGUCUGGUUCCCUGUGGCACCUUUUACAGAAUCGUGACCCAAGAUUUCCAAAAGAGUGGGAAUGGUUGCUCAGAGAGCAUCAGGAACUCCUGGGCGGCCAUUAACCGUCUCGCUUCUACAGAGGAAGGCUUGCGUUGGCUUUCUUGUACAUUUCGCCUGUGCAGUCCACUGAAAACUGUGAGAGAUGCUGUUGACUUCAAAGGAUGGCUAAGUGAGACAUGGGUUAACCUGGCAAUGGUUGACUAUCCGUAUAAGGCUGAUUUCUUGCAACCUCUCCCUGCCUGGCCUAUUCAGGCAGUUUGUAAAUAUUUGAAGGAUCCCAAAUUGCCAGACAAAUUGCUGCUCCAGAACAUCUUCCAGGCAGUAGAUGUUUACUAUAACUACACAGAACAUGCUUCGUGCCUUAACUUAACUCGGACUGCCACAAAAAGCCUUGGGCUUAAGGGUUGGUAUUAUCAGGCUUGCACUGAAAUGGUCAUGCCUAUGUGUUCGGAUGGCGUCAGUGACAUGUUUGAGCCUCAAAAGUGGGACUUAAAAGCAUACUCAGAAGAAUGCUUCAAGACUUGGGGAGUGAGGCCUCGCCCUUCCUGGAUCCCCACCAACUAUGGGGGGAAGAAUAUUAGCGCUCACAGCAACAUCAUCUUCAGCAAUGGCGAGCUUGACCCCUGGUCUGGGGGCGGAGUGACACGGAACAUUACGAACACUCUAGUUGCUAUAGUGAUCCCAGAAGGUGCUCAUCACUUGGACCUGCGCUCCAACAGCCCUUUCGACCCAGAGUCUGUGCUGCAAGCCCGUCUCUUGGAAGUCCACUACAUGAGACAGUGGCUGCAGAAGUACCGUCUUCAGCAGGGUCCAAAAUAACUGUAACUCUUUGAGUUUUCAGGUUGCCACUUUCUUCUAGCAAUGUCACAGGAGGACUGGCUGGCUGGCUUGCUUCACAAGUGGUUUUUUUUCAUUCUCUUUUUGUUCCUACCUUCCUCUUUUUCUCUCCUAAUCCAAGCAUCUUAUUUGUACAGUAGCUAUCUGGCUGUACAAAGGAUCUUUUGAGGUGGCAAGCGUAAGCCUUACAAUGUAUAGCUCUGGACUGGGGGUUCUUCCUUGACAUUUUUCUGGCAUUUCACAUUUUUUUGGCAGCCUUCAAACCGCACUGUCAGCUUUUAGGAGCCCCCUCUCCACCAUCUGUUAUGGAAGAAAGCUACUUUAGAGUUGCAUCACUUUUUCUGUCUGCACAGGGGUUUGCCACAGCUCCUGUUUGAGCACUUGAACCCAAAAUGGGUGUGUAGAAUGUAUUUUGGGGAAGGCAGGAACUUUCCCUCAAAACGCGCGCACACACACGUGACCGUUGUGUGGGAAGCUAGCACACAAAUAACUUAAGAUACCCACUACCACUGAAUAUGGUGAUGGCCACUUGCUUUAAAAUUAUUGGACAAAUUCACAGGUGACAAAUCAGUGGCUAUAAGUCAUUAUAGACACAUGUCUCUGAUCAUGGAAAUUCUGUCUAAAUUCCAACUGCUGGGAAUCACAACAGUGGCAGAGGAGAGGGUUGAUGCUUCCCGGAAGCCCUUAAGCAGGGCAUGAAGGCAUCUGGCUGGCCACCGUUUGACAAUGGUGCUGAACUAGAUGGGUCCUGGAUCUAAUCUAGAGGGGGCUUGCAUUAAGGGUAAGCUAGCUACAUAUAGCAUAUGUCUCUUGCCAGAUUGCAUGGAGGCAACCAGGGUGGGCGGCUGAGGAGCCCCCCUGCAUGUCUGCAUUUCGGGGAUCGAAAGCACUGAAGCUACUUGCCUAAAAGUACUGAGGUGAUCUGCUUUUAUCCUCUCUGUUUGGGAUGAAGUAUUUGCGUCUCCAGAAGAGCAGCUCAGCCCACAGCUAGUUGCUGUAUGGCAACCAUGGGAUUCCCCACCUUUUGUUUGUGGCAUGAUGGGGAUGCAGUGGGUGGGCAUU